AUGAACCACCUCAGACUCAGCCCAGCCAACGCGGCCAUCCUGCUAUGCGACAUCCAAGAGCGAUUCAGUGCGUCCCCUGCCCAUCCCAUCCCACCACUGCCUCCACUGAGUUGUCGAUCCUGCACAGGGCCCAAGAUCGCCCACUUCGACCAUCUCGAACACAUGGCCGAGAAGCUCCUCAAGGCCGCCGCCGCCCUCCACGUCCCCGUCCUCGCCACCGAGCAGAACCCCAAAGCCCUCGGCCCCACCGUCGCCCGGCUCGCCCAGCUCGUCCCGCCGGACAAGACCUUCCCGAAGACCCAGUUCAGCAUGCUUGUCCCCGAGCUCGCCGCCACUCUCGCUAACCCCGCCCCCAAACACGUCGCCCUCGUCGGCAUCGAGGCCCACAUAUGCGUCCUCCAGACCGCGCUCGACCUGCUGGCCCGCGGCAUCCACGUCCACGUCUUGGCGGACGCCGUGAGCAGCUGCAACGCCCCCGAGCGCGCACUCGCCUUCCAAACGAUCAGAGCCGCCGGCGGGACGGUCUCAACGACCGAGGCGUUCAUAUACAGGCUCCUGGCCGACGCCAGCCAUCCACGCGCCAAGGACAUCUUCGCGAUCGUGAAGGAGUACAGCGAGGCGACGAGAGACGCGCUCUCUGCCCUCGGAGCGGCGUGA